AGGAGGGCGUGCGUAUUAAUAGAUUUUCCUUGCUCUUGCGUGUGCAUGUUGUAGUUGAAGAAGACGACGACGCAAAAAAAAUCUCCCCUCUUCCUCGUCCGAGAAGCACGCAUCCCCCUCCCCAAAAGAAGGCCGCCCCGCGCACUCUCGUCCCUUCUCGCUCGCCAAUGCUUCUCAUUUCCCCAAUCCCCUCUUCCGCACUUCCCUCACCGCAUCUUCCUUCUUCGUCUUUCCUUCUUUCUUCGUCUUUACUUUUUUCUUGUUUCUUUUUCUUUCUUUCUUUUUUCUUCUGCUUCUUCCAGACUCAGCUGCCUAGCCCGGAACCCGGAUCCGGGGGCGCUGCGCGAGCUGCCGAACACGUAGGCACGCGCGCUGGGGUUGGCGCUGGUGGCGGCGGGCGUGUGCUCCGUGCAGGGCAGCUGUGUGAGUGUCUCGGGGUGAGCGAUACUUCUGGAACGGGCGUGGGGGUUCGCGGUAAACUAAGCGCCCGGCUACAGAGGGAGGGUUGCUUGUUUGUAGCUAAUUUGGGUUUGGGGCAGAGAUAUUGGGAGAGAGUGAAUCGGGACAAGAGAGUUUAUGGCAUCCGUCUAUGUAUUGGCACGAUCCUUCGGUCGGGAUGGAUACGAAAAGAAGAUCUACGGCACUACGGGACGUUAUCGCUGCGGAGAAGCAAGUCCCAGCGGGUGGCUUGACUGGCGUGGAAUGACGCAGCGGAGAAAUGUUUUGUGUGGGUAGGAGUGUAGCUAUAUGGAUACCUACUGCCGUCAUAGGCUCCCGCGGCCGCCGGCUCCCCCCUCGCACGUG